AUCGUUAUAAUUUUAGACACACCUAAGUAGCAAGCAGAGUUAAAUAAAAUGAAUUGUCUUCAAAUAAUUGGUAUAUUUAUUGCUUUUAUAGUGAUAAAUACUUGCAAUGCACAACGAACACCAUCUAUAAGUUAUAUAUCACAAGAACAGAUUAAAGAUAUAGGAGGAACAGUAGAAUUAGAUUGCUCAGUACAAUAUGCCCGAGAAUAUACAGUUGUCUGGAUUAAAACAGGCAGAAAUAAGGCUGAUUAUGUUUUCUUAUCGACUGGAUCUUCAUUAGUCAUUAAGGAUUCUCGAUUCUCGCUUCGUUAUGAUGGUGCAAGUUCUACCUAUACAUUGCAAGUUAAGGAUAUCCAAGAAACUGAUGCUGGAAUAUAUCAAUGUGAAGUUGUCUUAUCAGUCAAUAAUAAAAUUACAGCAGAAGUUGAACUGUCUGUUCGACGACCUCCAAUCAUUUCUGAUAAUUCAACACAGUCAAUUGUUGCUUCAGAAGGACAGUCUGUACAAAUGGAAUGUUAUGCAUCUGGAUAUCCAACACCAACAAUCAUUUGGAGACGAGAAAAUAAUGCUUUAUUACCGACAGGUGGAAGCACGUACAACGGAAAUGUCAUGAAAAUCACAGCAGUACGUAAGGAAGAUCGUGGUACAUAUUACUGUGUUGCUGAUAAUGGAGUAUCUCGUGGUGACAGACGUAAUAUUAAUUUGGAAGUUGAGUUCUCUCCAGUUAUUACAGCACCAAGACCCCGUUUAGGUCAAGCUUUACAAUACGAUAUGGAUUUAGAGUGUCAUAUUGAAGCAUAUCCACCACCAGCUAUUAUUUGGCUUAAAGAUGACAUUAUCUUGUCAAAUAAUCAGCAUUACAGUAUAUCCCACUUUGCCACUGCUGAUGAAUUCACUGAUUCUACACUUCGUGUCAUUACGAUUGAAAAACGUCAAUACGGUGACUAUAAAUGCCAAGCUGUAAAUAAGUUGGGUCAAGACGAGGCCAAAAUUCAUCUGUUUGAGACUGUCAUUCCUGUAUGUCCUCCUGCUUGUGGUUGUGUUUUAUUUAUCGCGACAAUCUCGCUCUGUAACAGUCAGCGAGCUCCCGUCAUAACUUAUAUUGCGGAUGAUCAGUGGAUAGAUCAAGGUAGUACGGUUGAGAUAGGAUGUUCGGUACAGUAUGCAGGAUCAGAAUAUCCAGUAAUAUGGUCAAAAAUAGGAAAAAAUAACGAUAAUGUUUUUAUAUCGACUGGAACGUCUUUAGUGCUUAAAGAAUCUCGAUUUGCGUUAUUAUAUGAUGGUGCCAGUGCAACUUAUGUAGUGCUUAUAAAAGAUGUACAAGAAAGUGAUUCAGGCACAUAUCAAUGUACCGUAGUUCUAUCUGUGAAUAACAAAAUUACAGCAACAACAAAUCUCUUCGUUCGACGUCCUCCUGUAAUUACUGACAAUUCAACACAAUCAAUUGUAGCGACAGAAGGUGGUGCUGUACAUAUGGAAUGCUAUGCUACUGGUAAUCCACAUCCUAUCAUCGUAUGGAGACGCGAAAAUAAUGCUUUAUUGCCAACGGGUGGAAGUUCAUACAAUGGAAAUACCAUAAAAAUUCAUAGCGUACAUAAGGAAGAUAGAGGCACAUACUAUUGCUUUGCCGAUAAUGGAGUUGGGAAAGGCGAUAGACGAAAUGUAAAUUUAGAAAUUGAAUUUUCUCCAGUGAUUACCGCACCUCGAGAACGAGUCAGUCAAGCAGUAAAUUAUGAUAUGGACUUAGAAUGUCACGUGGAAGCAUAUCCACCACCACAAAUUACAUGGACGAGAGAACAAAACAUCUUGAGUAACAGUAAAAAGUAUAAAAUUUCAAACUUCAACACAGCUGAUGAAUUUACGGACUCAACAUUGAGAAUUAUUACAGUAGAUAGCAAGCAAUUCGGAGAAUAUAAGUGCGAAGCAGUCAACAAAUUAGGACGAGCUGAAGCUACAAUUAAUCUUUAUGAAAGCAAAAAUCCUGUUUGUCCACCAGCAUGUGGCACCACAUUUUCGUCUACUAAUUGCCAUAAAAUCUCAUUUACCUUUAUUAUUCUUACAUUCUUUUAUGCAAUCUCAUCAUUAAGAAGAUGAAUUUUGGAAUGAGAUUAACUAUGAAAUUGAAGGAAUUCUUAGAACUUAGGACAUUAGUCAACAAAUUGUGAUGUUAAAUCCGUCCAUUUAUUAUAAUAAUGAAGUAUUAAGUUGAACGAAACAAUUUUAGAGAUUUAAGAAAUUAGAUGUAAUAAUGGUAGUAAGAGCAUACAGAUAAAUACUUUAAACCAUUUUGUUUGGUUUUUUUUUGAGUGUGCACAAUUUUGAUAUUCUUGACAGAUUUGUAUACAGGGAGGCAAACUUGCAGAAACUCAUUCUUCUUUUGCGAAAUCGUAGAAUAUACUCAAAAAUAAAUAUAUCCUAAACCCUAAAUGAUAUUGACAAUAUUAUGAUUUUAGACAAGUACCGAUUUUAUGUUUAAGUUAAUUUGCAUUAUAAUUUAUCUUUUGUAUGUUUGUGUAUUAAGCAUUAUUGAAUAAAUAAAGAUUUUUGUAAGCC